GUACAAAGAAUUAAGAAGGAAACAAUUAAUUAGUAACGCACUGUGUAAUCACUGCAAUUCUGUCUUGUCAUAAGUGAUCAUGCCGAUAAGAGUCGGUAAAGAAUUGCUAGAACAUAUCUCGUUUGAGCAAAUAGACAUUGCUACGACUCUUUAACUUUUCAUCAAAGAAAAUUGGUUAUGGAACAAAAGUCCAAUAGCGCAAGAAUGAUGCUGAAAACAAGAAGACUGGGUCAAGUUGAUAUGGGGGUAUCACAAACGACCGCUGGUUGUUGCGUCCUUCCCCCGCCGCGAGAAUAGGAUCUUAAACAAUUAUUCGCAAUUAACUCAUCAUAGAUUUUAUUAGAAAUAUUUGACGUUCAUAAACACCCCGCUUCGGGACAAUUAAAGCAAAAGGUUUUGACUACAGCGCAGGCACAACAUGACAAAUGCUCGCCGUUGAAAUUUCGUAUCACGCAGCACAUAUCGAUUGACGAAAAUAGGUGAAACUUCUUUUGCACCAAAGUGAAACGAAAUCCGACAAUAUCAACAAGCUGGUAGAUAAAACGCAAUUCAAUUCAGUUUUCACAAAAUACGAUGGCAGUCAUCCUUAAAAAUUUACUAUUGCUUUUUCUUGCAUCGACACCAAAAUUGAUUGAAGGUACAGGCGGAUGGUGGGUAGCUGUAUCAUUUGUGGCAAGUACUAGCGAAGACAGACCACAAGGACCAGUCAAUAUCAUCAGUUCUGCAUUAUCAGACAAACAACGGACGAUCAUAAAAAAUCAAAAAUCUCCCGGUUUGGUUGAUACUAUAGCCAACGCUGCACAGAUGGCUAUCAAUGAAUGCCAACGACAAUUUAAACAUCGUAGAUGGAACUGUUCGUCGACUAAUCCCUACAAUGUUUUUGGGAAAAUUUUACAACGAGCAUGUCGCGAGACCGCGUUUGUUUACGCCAUCACUGCAGCAGCUGUUAGUUAUUCCGUUUCCCGAGCGUGCUCCGACGGUGAGCUGAGAUCCUGCACUUGUGACAAUCCGUACAAGGAGGGCGUGGUUACAAAGGAGGGUUGGCAAUGGGGUGGCUGCGGUGACAAUAUACGAUACGCAGAUAAGUUUGCCAGAAAGUUUUUAAACUCAGCCGAGAUACACAAGGACUUUCGUGCACGCGUGAACAUGCAUAACAACGAAGCAGGAAAAACGGCUGUGAAAAACAACAUGGUUCGUCAAUGUAAAUGUCAUGGCCUGUCACAGCGCUGCACCGUGCAAACGUGCUGGAAUCAAAUCCCAGAAUUUAAAAAAGUUGGUAGAGUAUUGAAAGAAAAAUUUGAUGGCGCAUCGCGGGUCGAGUUGGAGCAAAACAGCUCCGGUAGAAGAAUUACUUUCACACCUGUCGUGAAGAAUCACAAGCCACCAACUAGAGCAGAUCUAAUUUACUAUGAAAACUCGCCAGAUUUUUGUACAAAGAAUUCCAAAGUAGGCUCCUUGGGAACAGUGGGACGGGAAUGCAAUAGUACUUCCAUGGGAACGGAUGGAUGUGACCUGCUGUGUUGCGGGCGCGGAUCUCGACACGUGUAUAAAACAAUAAAUCGACCAUGCCACUGUAAGUUCGAAUGGUGUUGUAAAGUAAAAUGCCAAUCUUGUCCCGAAAGAACAAAUAUCCACCUGUGUUUGUAAUGUCUUGAGACCCAGAGAUCUGUGAUACACAAAAGAUCACUCAAUAGAAGAAUAGCAAUCUGCAAACAUGAAACGAUGACGAAGGAUCUACUCAUAUUUUAUAAAUAAGGUUCAGGUUUGUGUGAACUGUCUAAUGUAAAGUUAAUAAGAAUAUAUAAGUGCAACAAAUAGACAUUGAAAUUGCCAUGUAGUGCAUGCAUUCAAUAGAUUAUAUAUUUAUGCUGAUGUAAGUUAUUUUUUAUACUCUAAAUUUUUCUAAGAUAUAAAAUAGACAUUUUAGAAGUACAAAGCAAUUUCAGCGAUCAUGAAAAUACAUCAGUUUAGAAGACUGUAAUGUCAAAUCUUCGGAAUUCGAAAAUCAGAAACCAAAAGACUGUUCACGACACAAAAACCAAAAAGCUGUUUAGUAAUAUUUUAAUGUCUUUCAUAACAAUUUUUUUCGUUACAAAAAUUCUUGCAAUUAUAUAAUCAUAUCUUAAUUAUGACUAAGAUAAUAUAUCAAAAUAUAUCAGUUGCUAUAACAUUUGAUGUUAGUAAAAACGAUGGAUAACUAUUGAGUGACGUUUCAAGAAAGUGAAUCAAAAUGCAUUUGCUUUAUUAACUGAUUAAAAUGAAAAUCCACAGUA